AGUGAUGGGUUAUGAAACCGGGGUGUCUGGUCCCCUUUGUCCCUUUCGUCAACACCUCAAUUAGAUUUCUCAAUUCUUCUCUCUCCCACCUCUGAAACUCACCACCGUGCUUUUGUACAGAAAAAACCAUGACAAGCUCCUCCACCACCACUCGAAAGGCUUUGAGUAAGAUUGCAUGCAAUCGGCUUCAGAAGGAGUUGUUGGAGUGGCAGGUCAAUCCUCCGGCUGGUUUCAAACACAAAGUCACCGAUAAUCUUCAAAGGUGGGUGAUUGAAGUCAAUGGAGCUCCAGGAACCCUUUAUGCAAAUGAGACUUACCAGCUUCAAGUUGAUUUUCCUGAGCAUUAUCCUAUGGAAGCCCCGCAGGUUAUUUUUUUGCAUCCGGCUCCCCUGCAUCCUCAUAUAUACAGCAACGGUCAUAUUUGUUUGGAUAUUCUGUACGAUUCAUGGUCACCAGCGAUGACUGUUAGUUCCAUCUGUAUUAGCAUUCUCUCAAUGCUGUCGAGCUCAACUGCUAAGCAACGCCCUGAAGAUAACGACCGCUAUGUAAAGAACUGUAGAAAUGGCCGAUCCCCGAAAGAGACGAGGUGGUGGUUUCAUGAUGAUAAAGUAUGAUAGACAUACAUUUGUUCAACAAGUUAUAUAGAGUAGUUGGCUUUCCUUUUUCCGAGGAAUGUGAACACAAGCAAAAGAAAAAAAAAUUAUCAUUCAGAACCAGCUGGGUUUAAGUCCCAAAUUCUCAAUGACUCGUGUAAAUUGGCAAUAUCUGCCUGGUACAUGUAGAGAAGAGGAACAAGAAUUUGUGCUUCUUGCUCUUUUUAAGGAUGAAUACUGGGUGAGACAUACUUGCCAUAUAAGUUCAUAAAUUACAGUCAUGAUCUUUGUUUUCUAGUACUUGUGGAUGGUUAACAUCUUUUUGGUAAAUUAUAUGUUUCUAUGUUUUGUGGUCUUAAUGGGUAGCAAAUGGAUUUCUUGUUGUUUCUUAAUACUAUUUCCCUUCCCCUUC